AUGAUUGCGAACUUUCAACCUUCAAAGUCUGGGAGCGUGGUUCUAAGCACAAGCUCACAAAGGAAUACGCCAGGCGGUCUCAUGGAGGUUCGUGUCUACCAGAUCAGCUGGCACUUUCAAUCGGCUGUAUACGCAGUGCUAAUAGACGACUCAGAUUCUCGUUCAACCUAUUCGAGUUCCCCGCCAUCAGUCGUGCUGGACUAUCCCAGUAUCGAUACUCAAUUUUAUGACCAAGACGUCCUGGCAGCUGCUCCCGUAAGUGGUCUGACGUCGCGGGCGAGCAGCUUUCCACCAGAGCACGAAACCCUAGAGACCAAGAUUGUGCGAGAUGGCCUGCAACGGUCACCAACCUCCAUGUCGACACCCACGGACUUGCGCUUCCAGCAGCAUCGCAGGUCGCCGAGUCGUACUAAUGGAUCCAAUGGCCUACAUGGAUAUACAGGCCCACACGGAUAUACAGCCCUACAUGGGAAUCAUGGAUUUCCGUUGGAGUCCUUGUUCUCUCAAUCCAUCCCGCUGACCAUCUCAGCCAUGCCUGAGGACCUCUCCAUGUCCAGUGAUAGGAUGUUCCUGUGGUCAUACUUUGUGCAUCGAAGUACCAGAAUGUUCCUCUGCUGGGAUCCGCAAAAGGACCUCGGCAACGAAAGCUAUCAAGACCCUUAUACCAUCUCGCUGCCUGCGAUGGCCUUUGAAAGCUCGCCUCUCAGACUAGCGGCCCUAGCUUUGUCGGCCUUCCAAUACGGGGCUAGCGAAAAUGAUGAGCGGAUGAUGCGCUAUGCCGGGAAACUCGGACUGGAAGCGUCUCAAGCACUUACCCGGGUGGCCGGCUCCGACCUGUCCAGCUCUCACAUGCUGACGACCAUUGUGACUGCCGUGUUUCUCUUCUUGUUACACCCCGAAUUCCACAAUGACGUCCUGCCACUGGCACGAAGCGCCGCGGCGUGUCUUGCCAACGAGGGAGUCGCAACAUCUGUCGACAAGGACUGCCUUUCCAUCGCCAUGCACUUCCUUCGAUGGGCUGAAAUAUGUGCUCAAUGCUCACUGAACAUGGACGUUUCGUUGUCAAGCGACGAGAUCCAUGAAGCCAUUGAGUAUAAGUGGUGGGAGAUAAGUUCCACCACGUCCCAAGCCUGCAAAGACUGGCUCGUGCAUCCCUUCUACGGGUUUUCCAGUCGCCUGAUCAAUCCACUCCUGAAGUUGGCCAGACUGGUCCGUCGUGGACGAGAUCUGGACGGCGAUGUAGAGGAUUCAGAUGAUUUGGCUGAUGAUGCACGCUCGAAGUUCGAUGCAGAAGUCGACGCGCUGGAGGAAUUGCUGCUAACAUGUCGGGAGGAAGAUCUGAUUGCAGAUGGGGGCCGGCCCAAAGAGAACAUCGAUCUCUUACGGCUGAAUGAUGCGAGUUAUUCUGCGGCAGUUGUUCUAUUCUACACACGGCUCCGAGAUCUUCCAUGGACUGCACCCUUCAUCCGGCGACACGUCAAAAUCAUCCACGACAAUAUCGCCGACAUCGACCCGUCGUCUCGUGUAUCCUUGGGCAUUGUUUUCCCGCUCUACGUUGCAGCCUGUGAGAGCGUCGAUCUGAUCACCCGGGAGUCCAUUGUGAGCCGGCUCAACACUCUACCUGGGUACUGGUACAACCGGGAAAACCAACUGGUGGCGUCUUUGAGAGCUAUAUGGGAGUAUAGAGACCUGAAUCCCGGGUCUACCUGGAAGCAGUGGAUUAAUGGAGUCCCGUCGAGUGUUGCGAAUUGCAUUCCAGUGUAG